ACCUCCGAGUUGCUUUUUCUAAUCGCGUUGUCUUUGUCUUCGUAAUUAUUAUUUCGUUCAGUUAUUCGUGUAUACGCCCUACAACAAUCAAUUGAGGUUAUUAUGGUGUACUAUACUUAAUGUAUUCAGCGCCCCGAAAGGCUUUGACGUUCUUAGGAAAUGAGCUCAAUCCUGCUGCCAAUUAUUGCAGGCUUCAUCACAUUGGCGUUGGUAAUCUUAAAGUGUUGCAAAGAAAGCGACCUUAAACUGCCAGCGCCUGAGGUGAUGAAGCAAUUUGAUGAAUGUUUAGUAAACGAAAAUCAAAGUAAAUGCGAGCCUGAUAAAUGCAUAGCAAAAAAGCUCCAUCUCCUCACUGAAAAAGAUGUAUUGAAUGGCACAGCUGUAGAACUUUUCAUUUUGGAUCGAUAUCCUUAUAACGCGUUGGAAUACAUAUUGACCUGUGUACACAACGACUCGUCAUAUUACGACGACAGUGAAGAUAAGAAUUUGUGCGACAUAAUACGUUUGAAACGCUGUCUGACAGCUCAAACAAUUAUCGGGUGUAGUGUAUAUGAUGCAACAACUUACCCAGACUUGUGUGGAGAUAUCGAAAAAGUCACUUAUCAAUGCACCACGGAGUUCUUACCUAUCUCGUACCGUACCAGAUCUCGCGCUCUCGCGCAAGAUGCUAACCCUACAAAUCAAAUAAAAUUUUCACAUUUCAUAUUAGCUUAUUCUAAUGCUAUGCUGUGGUAG